CGGCCCUAACGUGCAUAUAUAUGCACAUAUAUUCUGCAGAAAUAUUUAUCAAUCAAACUCGAUCCAGUUAACGAGCAUUGUUUCUUUUUUCCAACCACGUAGAGGCUUAAUCAAGUACUUCCAAGAUAUCAACUGCGAAAAUGCCUCUUUCACUCAAGAUUGAGAAAGAAUAUGUUCAAAGCUCAGAAAGAGUAAAAUCUGUGGAUUUUCAUCCAACCGAGCCAUGGAUUCUUGCAAGUUUGUAUUCAGGCACCCUUUGUAUCUGGAACUACCAGUCACAGACACUGGAGAAGUCUUUCAAGGUCACUGAGUCAUCCCCAGUCAGGUCAGCAAAGUUCAUUGCACGCGAACACUGGGUGGUUGCUGGAGCAGAUGACAAGUUUAUUCGGGUAUACAAUUCCAACACACUGGAUAAGACCAAAGAAUUUGAGGCACACGAAGAUUUCAUCAGAUCUGUGGCCGUCCAUCCUACCCUUCCCUAUGUGCUGUCAGCGUCAGAUGACAAAGUUAUAAAGCUUUGGGACUGGGAGAAGGGUUGGGUCUGUACCCAAACUUUCGAGGGGCAUUCGCACUAUGUAAUGCAAGUUGCAUUCAACCCAAAAGACACCUUUACUUUUUCAAGUGCAUCCCUUGAUGGAACCAUAAAGGUAUGGAAUCUGAGCUCUCCUGCUCCAAUCUUUACGUUGGAUGGCCAUUCGAAGGGUGUUAACUGCGUUGAUUACUUCACUGGCAACGAUGAAACAAAGCUUUUAACUGGUUCUGAUGAUUUUACUGCUAAGGUGUGGGAUUAUCAAAGCAAAAGUUGCCUGCAAACCCUAGAAGGCCACGAGCACAAUGUUACAUUGAUAUGUGCUCAUCCAGAGCUUCCCAUAAUUAUUACUGGUUCAGAGGACGGAACUAUUCGCAUAUGGGAUGCCACCUCCUAUAGGCUCGAGAACACAUUGAACUAUGAUCUCGGAAGAGUUUGGGUAGUUGGAUACAAAAAAGGAUCAGACCGGGUUGUAUUUGGUUGUGACAACGGAACAAUUAUGGUCAGUCUGAAGAGUACUUAGAAGUUGAGAUUUGUCCAUCUUCUUUAAGAGCAAGACUAGAUCAAUGUAUGAAGCGUUUGAUCACCUGCUGCUGCUGCUGAUGUUUUGAUUGUGUAAUAUGAAAUAACUGCCACGAUUAAGGAAUUACUUCUUGUCGUGUCCAUAGAUAUUAUUUUGUAUGUUAUAGCUAGCUACCUCCAAGGAUGUUGUACUGUUUCUCCUGUCUAUAUAUGCAUGUGGUGUAUUUCGAAUAUUUCCAAUGGCUUUUGAUGAUCUCUAUGUCCUAGCAGUGGAUCGGAAUGUAGUAGUACCUAUGUUUAAAUUAAUAAAUUCAGUCUGACAUAUUGCAAUA